CCUGAGAUAGGUGCCUGCUGUUUGUAACACAGACUGUUUACAACAGCUGUCCCAUAAGUGUCCGUUAAAUUUUAGUCACAGGUGCCUUUAAGAUCCUUUCUUCUGCAUACCCUGUUACUACUCUAACUUGCAAAUAUGAUCAAGCUUAAGGAAAACAGUGUGGAAGUAUAGUAAGAAGAACUUGGAAACUUUAUUUCAACAAAUUUCUGUUUUGUAGAUGAGGCAGUUGUACCUCUAGUCAGCCAGUUCACUGAGAGUACCUAUGUAUUUUUAGCAUUGAAUCAGUGUGCUAAGACUGUAGGGAGAGAUGCUGGAUUUGAGUCCAAAUCAGAUUGAUUUAGCAUUUGUAGCACUCAGGAAUAUUAUAAACUUUUAUUUUAUUUUUUUUCUAUCCUCACAUUCUUUUUUCAUCUCUCUUCAGCAACCCCCUUGAGAUUCAGCUAAUUUUUUCCAUAGACAGAGGCAGGGUCUUUUCUCUCUUCUCUAGUUCUUCCCAGCUGACCUUCCUGUCAUUCAAGCUUGGUGUUCAAGCUUGGCCCAGAGUUCAGUAGUCCAAGCUGUGAUUUACAGUGUUGCAACCAUGCAGUGUGUCUGCACAGGGCAGAGCACUAUCAUCUCAUCUUUAUUAAGAUGACAUUUGUCUUUUGUGAAAGUGUGUUCAUCAAAUCAUCUUAAUAGUAGUGUGUCUUGUGGGUCAGCAAAAAUGGCUUUGGCAAAAAAGUCACUGAUGGUUAUUGGGAACCCUACGAGUCUUUGAAAGUCCUGACACCACAAACAUUAGUUCACUGGCUACAUGUUCUAAAAGGAAUGUUUCGUGUUCAGCUGGAGAAAGGGUUUGAGCUCCAGGUCUCUGUUAGAUGCUGUCCUCAUUUCUGUGAAGUCAUACACACAUGUCUUCUGGUCAAAUUAGUGUCAGACAUCCUGAAAGCAUUUGUGAUUUUAUUUUUUCCUUUCCAAGCGCAAGAAUUUCAGUUUGGUUGAGGUAAUCUGGUACUUUAUUCCAGUGGAGGAUAGUGCUUUCUUUUGAUAACACUGCUUGUUCUGCUUCAAUAUGGCUUCAUAAAAUAAAUUUUCAUUUGCUCCAUGGAUCUAUCAGUGCUGUAUCUAACACUAAGGGUGUUGGUGCUUGACUCCCACAAGAAGCAGCUCUUUCUCUGAGGCUCAGGACCUCUGUAAAGAGACAGUAAAAGUUGCUUCUACAGGGUUAGCAGCUCUCAGUUUUGUGGAGAAAAUCUUGGGAAAGGGGAAUAAGAUGUGGCAUCCUCCACAUGAGCCACCAGAACUCAGGAAGCAACACUUGGUCAGUUGUUGAGAAUGCUGGGCUGGGUGGACUCUGACUUGUGCCAGUCUUGGAAAAGGGAGGCAUGGGCUGAGUGUCACCUGUGUUGGGGAAGGGGACUUUGAAUGGGGGAAUGCUGGCUCAGCAUGGGGCAUUUCAUGGCUGUCUGCUGGAGAAGUAACAGUUUGUGUUCCUACUUUCCCCUCCAACCUUGGGUGCUGCUGUCCUCCUUCGCCACUGUUUUGUGUGAUGGGAUGGAAAGGGGCAGGAAAACAGUAUUGCUGGGCAAGAACAGUCGUGCAGUUUAGUGGACAUGUGGAAUUUACUGCAACUCUUUUCAAGAUGGUUCUUCUUUAGAAGAGAUGAUGGCUGCUUUGAAAUUUCUGUAGUCUCUUUAAUAAAGGAGAAUUCCUAGUAAGAGAUACUACUGCAAUAAUAAUGCUUCUUAUUGGAUGUAGAGAAUCAAGUGUCUGCAUAUAGUCUGUUUAGGAUCCUUUACUGUAAAGCACUGGCCUCUUUGAAACAAAUAACCAGUCUUUCUAUCUGCAUUAGUGUAAAUAAAUAAGAGGCAGUAGGAUUUUGAAUUGCAGUUACACAAUCAGCUACUGGAAAAAUGCCAGGUUCUGAAAGUAACUUGGUGUCUUUACAUGAGGCUGUUACAAAUGUUACUUCAGACUUGAGUGAAAUGAAAAUUUCAGAUGAAAAAGGAUCUGUUGAAAAAAGAACAAUGACUCUGAUUGAGAAGAAUGGCUAUCAUGACUCCGUAUACAUAAAUGCAGCUAAGAUUUUUCAAAGCAUUCGUACUGAAAAGUGUAAGGAAGGAAUAUUGGUGCGGUAUGGCGAUGACUCAGCAUCUCCCAUGCUGACUUUUAAAGAUGAAUAUUCCAAAUAUGUAUCUCAUGAACUGGCUUUCAGUGCUCUAAAAUAUCAAGAUCUUCUUGAAGAAAUACUGUUAGAUAGUUGUGUUUACCCAUGCCAGUCUAUACCAGAUGAAUUGACCAGCUUGCUUGUUGUGAUGCUUUAUGAUCUACAAGACCGAAAGUUUCAAGCACGAGAGAUUUGUGAUGAAGAGGAAUCUGUAGCAGAAGUUCGGAAAAUAGAGCAUUAUCUAAACAGUUUUAGGACCAAAUUGGCAGCUGCGCUAGCAAGAUGGCGCGUCAAACAUGAUGCCCUUUCAAUUGAAUACAUUCUACCAGAAACCAUACGGAAGCAAGAACAAAGGGCUUCUGCUUUACCUUUAUGUGUUUGGAUAAAUACAUUUAAAAUCAGCCUUCAAGAUCUUUUCAGUGAUUUGAAAAAGAAGGGAUUCACAAGAGUUGAAUCUGUGUCAGACUUCGACCGUUACACAUACUGUGUGGACCAACAUUGCCAUGACGUAUUGUUUUUUCCUUCCUCUCUUAAAGAAGAACUGCUUAAUUUAGAUCUUUUUGCAGAUUGCAAGCUCUUACUGCAGGAUAAGUCUCGCAGCCUUGCUGUGCACUCUGCACAGGCACUGUUGAAUGCAGGUGAUGACGUUAUAGUGGCUCAUGUAGGUUCCCACCUGACCAUUGCCCAUAUGUCAGCGCUGACAAUUCACAGCAUGUCCAGAAUUUUUGUUUGUGGUGUAAAAUCUUCAGCAAAAGCAGACGAACUGAGGAACUUGUUCAGUCACAUGGGAUGUAAAAAUAUUCAUUUGUUACAUGAAGACUUUACCGACAUUGGACCAACCGACCCGAGAAUUCAAGAGGCAAAAGUGAUUUUGCUACUACCACAAUGCUCUGCGCUGGGUGUGGGCAAUCCAAUAGACUUUAUUUUAAAUGAACACAGAGAUGCAGGACUGCUAAGAGACCUUUUCCGAGGAUCUGUAUCUGAGGAUAAACUCAGUAUUAUGGCUGAGAGGCAGCUUAAUGAGUUGAUGCACGCAAUGAAGUUUAACAAAGUACAAGCUAUUGUUUACUGCACUUGUUCAAUUUACCCAGAAGAAAAUGAACUAGUAGUGAAUAAAGCACUGGAAUUUGGAGUGGAAGAAAACCAAGUACAACCAUAUAGGAUUAUUCCUCCUGUUUUUUCUACUUCCUCCAAUACAGAGCCUUCCACUGAAAUUUUUUUCAAAAUGGAGCCAUCAGAAGUUUCCAGUGGCUGUUUUCUAGCUGUUCUAGCAAGAGAGAAAGAUUCUCCUGAAAAUGUGUCUGUUCAAGAUAUUUUGGCUCGUGCUGCAGCAAAAGGACUACUGGAUGGCACUGUUGUAGAAAAAUCAAAGGAAAAGGAGAAAAAACAAAAAGCAACACAACAAACACAACGCAGACAUAAUAUUACUGGUAGUGGUACAGAGCCAAAGACUUCAGAGUUUCCUCGCUAUCGAACUGUAUCUAAGGCUGAAGUUUGUGUGUCUAAAGCAGUCAGUACCAAACAACAAAAAAAUGUGAACCGCACAAAGGGCUAUAUUCAGCUGAAAAAAUCUGUCAGCCCCGUUUCAGGCUCAGCUCUGCCUAAAGUGCUGAAGCACACAUCUCAUUUGUCACCUGCAGGCAAAGCUUAUGAGAGACAGACAUCUGCUAGAAAGGCACGUGCACAAAAGGAAAGGCUUGUAUUGAAGCCUGUGGAAAUUGUUUUGCCUCCAGUGAUAACACCAUAUGGAAUAUCACAAAGAAACAAACCCAAACCAUCAAAUUGCUUUCAUGGCUGGACUGGAGCAAAGGGCUGGACUGGUAGGAUGUUUCCACCACCUGUCUAAAGGGGUCAAAGCAACUGGGCUGGGCUGAGCUGUCCUUGACCACAACUGUAAGAAUCUUGCAAACUUUGCUCUACCUUUAUACAGAAGGUAAAGAUUCCUGUAUAUAUUAAUCAACACAUUUAGAUUACAGUAAACCUCUAUGCAUCUUAAUCUUGCUGUGGGAAAGAUAUAUUAUGGGAUAUUUGCAUAGAAAUAUCCAUGUUAGUGCUUUUUAAACCAGUAAUCACACGCUCAGCUGUGUAAGGUGGAUAGACCAUUGCGGAGAGCGAGGUAAAAAACCUAGCUUCUUGCUAGACACUUUAAAGCGACAAGUUAACACUUACAUUCCCUCCCCCUGCACCCCAGCUGCAUAGAUCUGUAGGAAUACUCAAUUUCAAAUUCAUUUUAAAAGACUGCAUUUUUAGCGGCAAUUUCUCUUUACAAGUGCUAGAUACCAUUUUUGUGGCUUCCCAUUUAGACUCUGACACAUGGAAAGUAAGCCUUGCACUGUAAGCCACAGCUUUAUUUCUCACCUUUAAAGCUCACCUUUAUUUCUAAAACUAGAUGUGAACUUUUGUACAGGCAACUGGCCAAGUACAUACACUAAAGCUCAUGCAUAGGCUUUCUAGUACUUAGUCCCUUGGUUUCUACUCAGGUGUGUUUCAAAAUAUUAGUGAAAACUAGAUAAAAUAUUCUAAUGUUAAAAAUACUGAAUUGUGAUCAUAACUUCAUGUGGACUGUGUCGUGGCUCAUGACCGCUUUUCACAGACUUUCUUAACACAGGUGGUUCUCAGUUGAGAAGAAUUGCUACUGUCUAAUAAACUUUUAUAAAUGUUACUGCUAGUCAGUUGAAUAAUGACUGAACACACAGUAGUUUGUCUCUGGAAGGAGCUGUGGGAUUCUAACCUGCUCUCUCUUGCUAGCAAAUACAAAAUAAAAUAAAAUCUUUUAAUGACUAUCUUAGGUCUUGUAAUCCAAGCAGAGGAUAAAAGGGAUACACAAGGAUACUUUUAACAAUAAUCUGAUUUAGUAUUAAAUAUGGACAGUAUAAAGAAGGAAAAUGACGAACAAUGACAGAACAACAGCAAGAGAAACCUCAAAAAUUGUAUUUAGAUUAGAAGUGUUGUAGAAAUGAGAGAAAGACAGCAUAGCAAUAUAGAAAGGCAAAGGUAGCUGUGACCCCGAAGAGAAAUUUUCCUCUAGGCAAUCAUUUAAGAUACUUGGCAAGAGUGUUGCCAGUAGUGUCAAAAGUAUGGUAUUGAAUCUUAAUUUAUGCAACAUAGGAGUCUGGAUUUUCACCAUCCAGAUAAAAUGUUUUAACAUCUCUAUAACAAUAGUUUUCUUCACCCACACCAGUCAAUGUAUCAGCACUACCUUUAGAAGAAAGGCUGUGAAGUAUACUACACCAGCAGUGCAGACAGCUGGCUCUUGUACAUCAGAUAAAUAUCCUUGUUUCACUGAGGGAGUGAAAAUUUCUUCUAGCAUUUUAAUCUGAGCCAGCUGUCCUAUUCAAAGGCAUCACUCACCUGGUUACGGGUUACUCACAUACCCCUGUGAGUAACCUGUACUCCUUACCUCUUCCAAUAAAAGGAUGAACUCUGCUUUUGUUCCUGAACAAACUUAGAAGGAUAGUUCUAGACCUGUGCCCAUGCAAUGUAUACAACUGAACAAAUAAAUCCCUAUUUUAUUUCAAAACCAUCUUGGAGGAGGAGAGAUUCUACAUGUUACAUAAAAGGAAUGGACCGUAAGGAGAUUCCAAGGUUUUUUUUCAAUAUGGUUGUUAAAUGCUUAAAAUAAAUGUAGGGAUUCUGCAGUUAGAGAAACUAUUUUUUAAAAUCAAAAUCUGUAUCACUCAUUAAAUGUAAUUAAAAUUACUUGUAAAAGAGCAUACAUGUAUCUGAUGACAGAAUUUCUGAACUAUAUAUGUAAUAUGCGUCAUGAUGUCCCACAGUAAGCCUCAUCUUGCUUUCAGCAGUUUGUGUCUUUGAAAUGUUAUGGAGGCUAAACCAGUUAGAAUCUUGAUGUCUUACCGAGAAUGUCAAAGAGCUUGUAGUGAAGAAUUUGAUUCUGCAGGUCAGGAACUCUUUAAGCACCAAACAUCCCAUGCUAGCAACAUCUGGGACUGACUUCAGAUGGCUUGUAGGUAGAAGCCUGUAUGCUCAGUUAAACACUCGCCUUCUUACAGUAAAGUUGUAUUUUAUUUAACUAAUUUUCUGUAAUCCAGUUCUAUAUCUGUAAUUUGCAACUAGAAACUGUUGAUUUGGUUUUGCAGAUACAAAAGUGUCCGUCGUACUACCAUUGCCUCUAAGCCACCAGUAUGUUUUUCCCUCCCCUCAACCUCAAUUUGGAACAGAAGAAAUAAUUUCCCCAUUUCGUGGACCAGUAACAAUUGAGACAAUCAUUUUAUGCAGCUAAAUUUAUUCUCAGAACAGAUUACAUUUAAAUGUGGAGAAGGGGUCAACAGCAGGGAAAAUUGUUCUUUUUGGUGUCAAUCAGGUGCUUUGCGUAAGACUGAACUCUGCUAAUAAAACAGUGAGCGUGUUUCCUUCUUUCUUACCUGCUUUUGCUGACUGUACAGCACAAGUUUAAGCAAUGUAUUAAUUAACCUGCCCAAGAAAGGAGUAACGGGGUUAAUGGUAAUACCGAAAGGCUGAGCCUACAUUAACUGCUGAAAUGAGAAAGUCCUCUUUUCCAGAGGUGAUUUACUAACAAUUUUAGAUCCCUAGUUAAAUGAUCUAUGAAAUGCUUGAUAAAAUUAAAAGACAGGGAUGUAGAAGUUUUAGUGACACAGAACUGGUGUAAGCUAUUAGAUACUCCAUAGUUUUUGUUCCUCUGUCACAAAAGGAAGGGCAUGUUGUUUCAAUAGGUGCAGGUGACUCUGCACACUAAAUGUGUGACUAAGAACUCAUUUUACUGUGAACGGAUUCUAUGCCCUUCCAUGUGAUUUUUGUUACUCCUGUUUAACCACCCUGUAGGCGGCCUAUCUCCCACACCCCCUUGCUCCCCUUCAAAUGAAAUCUUAAGUGGCUUCAGUAAACCUACAGCCAGCACUGCAGAUUUCAAAAGAAAGGCUUUUAUCUCUUAGUCGUGGACUGUGAAUAUAAAUCGCUUUGCUUCUGCAAGGGAGCAUAUUAAUGACAUGACUGACGUGAUACUUACCUCUAACUUACUACUUGCAUUGAAAAAAAUUAAGAAAUUAGCUUUGCUUUACAUGAUUUUUCUACAGACUUCAAUAAAAACGUGACUACAAGUAAUUACAAAGCCUGCCU